AUGGGGCUGGAGAAACGAACCAUCAAGAUCAUUAUUAUAGUUGCUGUUGUGGUCCUUGUUAUUGGUGGUAUUAUCGGAUUGCUGCUUGGCCUGCUACUACCACAGCGUUAUGUUGAGCUGGAGGUCUGGCCUCGGUCCGAGGAGUACAACUGGGAGCAGCCUCUUAUCCAGGUGCGGGGCAACGACCCCGGCAGCUGGCAUGUCUGGUACCGGCGACUCAACGACUUCCUCAGGGUUUACGAGACUUCGAUCCCCGAGGAGCCCCCUCGAGCUCCGUGCUCGGUUCACAACCGACGCGAUCAGCACCUUCGCUCCGACCCCUGUGACAUGGCUAUGAGACUCUGGCACCCCUGCACCGCUGAUGACUUCUAUGGAUACGCCAUGGGGAAGCCUUGUGUCUUUCUUAGAUUGUCUCAUAUCCACUACUGGGUACCAGAGCCCUAUAACAUCACGACUCCGCUGGCCAUACCUCCUGACAUGCCACAGCAUAUACGAGAAGCAAUGCGUCAUCGCCCUGCCAACCAAUACGGUGACUUCGUGUGGGUAUCCUGUGGAGGAGAGUUCAGCGCUGACAAAGAGAAUAUAGGGCCCAUCCAGUACAUCCCUGCCGAGUACCCACCAGGGUUCCCCCUCAGCAGGCUUCACACUGCUGACCGGAUUCCCUACUCCGCCAGGAACCUGCCCGACCAGGUCCCCGGGCCCCUGAUCGCUGUGCAUUUCGAAAACCCACGACGUGGAGUGGUGAUCAACGUGGAAUGUCGUAUUUGGACCCGAGAUAUUUUCUACGAUCCUAAGAGCCGUUACGGACGCGCGCGUUUCGAAUUAUUUGUCGAAUAA